GCAGCUGAUUAGAGAGCUCUCCGUGGUGCUGAAAAGAGAAAAAACACAUUCAGACACACAGUAGGUGCAGUACGGCCAUGAGAGAGAGAGAGCGAGAGAAAGAACGUGCGAGAGCGAGCGAGAGAGAGAGGAAGGUAGAGUAGGCGUGUUCUUUGUGUUGUGAUCCACACUUCUGAAGCUUGGACUCAUCUGCUGUGGCUCAGGCUAGCAGAGAGGAGCUCUGUGUGGAUGAGAGAGGCAGUGGAGGGAUGCUUCGACUGAACACCCCCUGACGCACACAUACACACACUCUUCUUUUCAACUUCGGGCACGAACUGCACCUGUGGCACACACACACCUGGAAAGCCGAGGGUUCAUCGGAUCAGACAGAAAAAGCCAAGAAGAACAAGUCAACUCCGGAGUGUGAAUUCAUUCUGCAGAAAGUGGCUGCAAGUCAAGAGGAGUGUGUGCGAGGCUUGUUUGUGUCUGUCUGUUUGUCAGUGAGGAUGUGUGUGUGAUGCUGUUAGGGUUUGGUCCAGUGCUGCUGCCUCCUCCCGUGCUCUGUAGCAUGUGCAGAUGAGUGUGAAGCAGGCCCCUGGGUUGGAGUCUAGCAUCGUUUGGACAGGGGGCUUGGGUCUCUCCGGCUACCCAGGGGAGGGAGCACUGAUCUGGGCAUCCACCGGCCUUGCUGGCACUGCCCCUGCCCUGGAGUACUCCUCUGAGCAAGCCUUACUGUCGGGAGCGUACAAUGGCUACAGGACUUCCCUGUGGAUUUAAGUGGAAUUCUGCACAGAUGCUCCAGGAUCUGUCCGAGUUGAUCAGCGGCUCGCACUGGACUCACCUGGAGAACACCGCUUUGGCCCUCAAGUCAGCAGGGACACAGCUCCACUAAGGCUGCCGGAUCGCUUGUGAAGAAUGAUGAGCUCCAAAGAGGAAGAAACUCUGAGAUUUCUCCAGUAUGUUGAAGAUAGCGGACUAAGAGCCUACAGCGGGCUGGUCUCUCAGAACCUGGAUCACGCCAGGAAUGAGAGGAACAGGAUUUACCUACAGGAGAAGAACGACAAGAAGAGAAAACAGGAAGAAGCCAUAAAGAGGACGGGCGAAGAGGUGGUGACUGAGGGGAAGCUCCUGCGCAUGGGCUCCAUGACAAUGCCACCCCCCCCGGAGCGCAUGCCCGUGCCCCCCUAUCUUGCUUGCGGGCCGGGCUUCGCUGUGCGCUCCCAGUCCCUACACUCGGUGGGUGGGGGCAGUAAUGGCGGUGGGGAGGAGGAAGUGGGCAGCCCCACGUCCCGCAAGCAGCCCCCACCCAAACCCAGGAGGGACCCGGCUACCAAGUUGAGCAUUUCCUCUGAGACAGUGGACCACAGCCCCACCUUGGUCUGUAGGGGCUGUAGGGCCAAUCCGGACAGUUGUGAUGCACCACAAGGCUGCGGCGAAGACUGCAAGAGGGUCCCUCCCCCCAAACCCAGGAGGAAUCCCAACACCCAGCUGAGCACCUCCUUCGAUGAGUCCUACAUCAGGAAGCACGGAGGCUGCAAGGGUCACUCCCCCUCUGCGGAGCGCGAGCACAACCCCUCGCCGCCGAGCGACGAGAGCCCCAGUCACCACUCCGACUCGGAUGAGCCCGUCUACAUCGAGAUGGGUGCCAGUGUUGGGGGCGGGGGGCAAACAGAGGCGCCCAGGAGUGAGGAUGAGGAGCCGGACGAGUCGGUGUAUGAGGAGAUGAAGUACCCCCUCCUGGAUGACAUGGACUACCGCUGGGACCCCCCGGGAUGCCGCUCCGCCUGCCCUACCCCGGCACCACUGGACCCUGAGCCCCUCAGCCGCUGCUCCACUCCGCGCAACAUCCCCCUCUGCGACAUUCCCGCGCCCUUCCCCAACCUGCUAACCCACCGGCCGCCUCUCCUGGUGUUCCCCCCUUCACCAGCCCAGUGCUCGCCAAACUCAGACGAGUCCCCGCUCACCCCUCUGGAUGCACUGACCAAACUGCCCAUGAUGGACAACCCCGGUGCCUAUAGCAAGUCACCCACCUCCUCUUCCGAGCCCCCCUUGGUGCACCUACGCCGGGAGCUGACCGCCACGCCCACCCUGACCGUGUCGGGUCGCUCGUCGGCCCCGCCCCUGCCCUGCACCCUCUACAAGUCCUCGGCCUCCUCGACCCACGGCUAUCAGCGCAGCCACUCAGCCUGCCCCUCGCCCGUCAGCAUGGGCCGCUGCCUAACUCCCCUCAGCCUGAUGCGUGCGCCACCCUUCGACGCCCCCAUUCCCUUUCCAGGCGGGCUGCCUCGCAGUGCCUCUGCCACGCCCCACGGAAAGGGCUCGCCGCCCCAGGACUGCGUUGCCGGGGGCAGGCUGCAUGGGUCAAUGCAGAACGUGUCGACGGGGCGCUCACGCACACCGACCAGCCCCCUGGACGAGCUGACCAACCUGUUCACCGCCGGUAGGAACAUGAUGAAGAAGAACACCAGCGGAAGGAAGUCGAAGGAGCCCGGGGAGACCGAGUCCAAGUGUAAGCCUAACAGCGAGUCCAAACGUGACGGCAAGGAGCGGCACAGUCACAGCAAGGAGUCCAAACGGGAGAGCAAGGAGUCCAAACGGGAGAGUAAGGAACGUAGCAAAGAGUCGUCUUCUCACAGACGCGACACCAAGGACAGGGGCUGUAGCAGUGCUGAACCCCUGCCUAUGAAACGGGACAGCAGAGACCGGGGUUGUAAUAGUGUGGAGCCCUUGCCUAUGACAAGAGACAGUAAAGAUCGGGGUUGCACUAGUAUUGAGCCCCCGCCUGUCAGACGGGACAGCAAGGACAGGGGCUGCAAUAACAUAGAAUUGAUGCCUAGACGCAAUAGCAAAGACAGAAGUGUCCACUGCAUGGAGCCUUUACUAAGGCAGGACAGUAAAGACUCUCCCCGGAAUGGUGUGGAGUCCAGACCAGACAGCAAAGAAAGGCUCAGCCACCAGAACCCACCGGAACUUCUACCCAGGCAAGAUAGCAAAGACCGAACCAGGAACGAAAUGGAUUCGAGACAUGACAGCAAAGAACGAAUUGAUCAGCCACCAGAGCUCCUACCCAGACAAAAUUGCAAAGAUUCACCCAGAAAUGGCCUUGAGUGCAGACGUAAUAGCAAAGACCGAGACAGGGCGAGCUACGGCCUGGACUCUAGACAAGAGGGCAAAGAACGAAGUUACAAUGGAAUGGAGCUCUUACCCCGACAGGACAUCAAAGAGUCCGCCAGACAUGGCCUUGAAGCCAGGCGUGACAGCAAGGACAGAAGCUGCAAUGGCUCAGAACUGCCCCCCCGGCGCGAUAGCUAUGGCAAGAGUGCCAAUGGGGUAGAUCCUAGGCGCGACAAAGACCGGGUGGGUUACAGCUCAGACGUCUUGCCCAGGCGUGAUAGCAGAGAUAGGGGGACCUACAACUUUGAGCAAUCAAAAGCACAAGAGAAGAACGGUGUAUCAGGGCAACAAUCAUCGACGGCCACACCAACUCGGCAUGGAAGACCUGCUGGCAGUCCGCCAAUGAUGUUGGGAACUGGCAAUACAGAACUGAAACCAGCACUUCCGAAGUAUGGCCGCUCCUUCUCUGCCCCAGUUACACCCUCUCCCUUGGGGACCCCACAGAGGCAAGCACCAGAGGCACAGGUACCCCAGAUGCCGUGGAUGUGUGGGGACAGCACCAUGCUGGAGCAGAUCGAGAGGAAGCGCACCCUAUGCAUGGAGAUCCGCUCCAGGCAGCGGCCCCCAGACAGAAACCACCCGGACAGGAACCUGUGCAAGCAGAAGAACAACGGGGCCAAAAAGAUCCAGCCGCCCCCGUACCCCACACAGACCACUGUGUUCUGGGACACAGCCAUCUGACUAUAACCAAUGAUUAACUAUAACCCACUUGGCCCCACGCCCAAUCCCCAUCUAGACUUUGUGCCUACUUAUUGGCCUACUCCGCAUCACGGGGGUCAGGGGCAGCCAAUAAGAGCAGGGAGGGGAUCGCUGAUGUCAAAGGACAAUGGUGGUUACCAUAGCAAUAUUUCCGCUUGUUCAGGUUGUAAUGUUUUCUCAUCAUCACUGGUGAUAUUUGAUAUUUUUCUAUUUCAAGUGACUCCAUGUAAAAUACUUAGUACGAAUAAAUAUUUUCUAAACAAAAAGGGAUAAAGCAGCAAAAACUAUGUAGAUGUAGAGCAAUCCAAUGUUUCUUUUACGUUUUCGUAUUUUACAUUCUAAAGCAUAAUCUAUCACGGAUAAUUAUUUAUGCCAAAUGCUCAAUGAAUUUCCAGUACUCAAAGCACUCUUUUGAAUGGAGGAUAUUCUGACUAUCAGAGCCAUAUAUUUCGAUCUAAAUACAUGGCUCUGGUUGCCAUUAGCCUUUGGGCCAAUGUGUUCUAGUAUGUACAAUACUUAGUCCUAGAACAGGUCAGGAAUCUUGUGCUUCAGUUUGUAAGUUUACAAGCUGUGUAGUCAGUCAGAGCCUUUGACAAGGAUUUAUUUGUUAUGAGAUGGGUUGGCUAGCAUGUACAUAGUACACAACACUAAGAUAGAAACGAGGGUGGGUCAGGGAGAUAAACCUAAGGACAAACCUAUUAUCCCAAACCAGCCUGCUGAGGUAAAUUGUUGGUGAGGUUGCACUUUGCAAGGGUUGGUUAUCUAAUAUGGGUUGGUGGCAAUAGCUGGCACAGGUCAGCUCUCCUACUCUGCCAGGCACAUUGAGGGCAUCUUCCCACAGAGUAGAUACGGAACUCAAUCCACACCAACAACCAGCCGGAACAAUCCACGCCUGAACUUUUAGACAAAAACUUAAACCUACGGCAGAAUAUGUGUAUAUUAUGCACUUGCUUGAGAAAUAACUUUGGAAAAAUGUGCUUAUAUAUUUUGGGGUAAAAUGUAGAGUAGUAGAGCCGUGCCAUGUAAUACGUUAUCACUGGUUGGCUGGGUGGUCUGAUCGCAGAUGAUUGGCUGUCUGUGACAUGCCGUCAUCCGUGACUGGCUGUCUGUGACGCAUUGUCCCCUGUGAUUGGCUGCUUGGCAGCAUCCAUUUUAGGGAUCAGAUGAUAAGGACCUAUAGGAUGGCCACAGCUCUGCCCAAGUAUAAGGACAUGGGUAACACAAGGGCCUACAGAUCAAGGCUUUGUAAAGUAAAGAUUAAUAAUGAAAAACUGCACUACCCAUCAUCCUCCAUCACACUCAAUUAGGCUGGAUCCAUGUCCAGCUACCCCUCCACUCCCCCUCUACCUUCUACAUCAUCUAAAGAGGUUAUCUUUUGCACGUAAGAAAUGCAAUGUCUACAUUGCCAAACUGUUUUAGAUGUACCCCCCCUCCUAUUCCUGUCCUCCAUAGACCAGCAUGCACCUGCAUGGGCAAUAGGGGUGUGACUGAAGUCAUGGGUGACUCAGGAGUUGCCUCUAACAGUUGCUCCAGGGCCAGAUUUCUUAAUGAUCUCCUAGGUUAAGGUUAGGAUUUUGGGUAAUCUAACUAUAGAUCUGUGUUGGGGGAUGGUCCUACAUCAAGCGAUGAAUCCCUUUCCGUUUAAGGUGCAGUGUACUGUAGUGCUGUUGGGGAAUAACAUGGGUGAGAGACCAAUAAAUGGCUAGAUCCCCAAAUCUGUCCAUUCAUUGGCAGACAUGAGCAGCAGUCCUACAGGAAUGGAGGAAAGGAAACCUAGGAGUAGCAUGAACAACCUAACUGGUUAAGCCAGUGCAGUACCCCUUCCAUUGAGAAAUCAACACGGAGGUCCCACCGAGUCCUUUAUACCUGUAUGUGUGUGUGAGUGUGUGUUAGUGUGUGUUAGUGUGUGCCAAGCUACACUGUAUGCAGGUCAACUCUGAAAUGAUUGUUGUAAACAUGAACUUUUCUGCCCCACACGGUUGGUCGGCGCAGGUCUGAAAUGUAUAACGAUGUACAAUCUCUUUUGUGUCUGUAUAGAAUAUGUGCACUGUGAAAGGUAGAGAGAGCACAGCACUGUGAAAGGUAGUGAGAGCACAGCACUGUGAAAGGUAGAGAGAGCACAGCACUGUCAGAGUCAUCUGUCUUAUUUCUAAAAAGGAAAAGAAGAAAAAAAAAUGUUUGCGAAUAUGAAGUACUGUAUGCUGAUUGUCACAUGGGUUCUGUUGUCGAUAGAAAUAAAUAUGAACUUCAACCCGCUGUGGAAGAGCUCAGAAUCCUGGUGGAAUAUGUGAUUGUGCUUUUGGUCUUUGCAGUUUACUCUGAUACAUAUGUUUUUUCAAUAGUAACCCACAUUGUAGUACUCAAAGGGCACUUGGUAAAGUUAAUGGAAAAAGGUCCCUGUAAAUCACAACAUGAUUUAAAGAGAUUUUUGUUCUUGUGGAUGAAACUUUUAAAGAAUAAAAACGUUUACU